CGGCCCGGAUCCCUCCCCAAUCCCCUGCCACACCACACCUGGUUCCCAACUCCGUGCACCCCGUAGCUGUCUGGUUUCCCAAGAGUUAACAGCAUUGCAGUGACGGCGCUGGGUGAGUAUCCUGUGUGGGAGCUCCUGGGUGACCCCGCCCAGCCCCAGUCCCAGGUGAGAGGCGGGGGUUGGCAGAAAGUGGUAUAAAUCCCACAGCUUGGAGCUGGGAUAGUGCAGCUCACUUUACUCCAGCCAGCAGAGACGAGGUCAGCCACUGCUGCUCCCUAAAGGCCUCCAGGAUGGUUUGCGGCGGCGGACAGCCGCCCCUUGGCGUGACUCCCAUGAUCCUCCUGGUUCUGUGUCUCCAUCUCCCAGGCUCGGCGUCCAAGUGCAUCCCACGGCAGGAGGAGCCGGUGCUGGAACCACUGCCAGUUGGCAUGGACCCCUACAGGCAGCCGGCGGGGAUCCUGCAGCCCCAGGUCCGCCCGCAGGGGCAGGGGAUUGGUAACGAGCCUGGGGCCUACGGAGGAACCGAUUCUGGAUCGUAUGGAGGACCUGGGCCCGGAUCAUACGGGAUAGAUGGGCCCGGGGCCUACGGAGGAACCGAUUCUGGAUCGUAUGGAGGACCUGGGCCCGGAUCGUACGGGAUAGAUGGGCCCGGGGCCUAUGCAGGAACUGGGGCCGGAUCCUACGGAGGAACUGGAUGUGCAUCAAAUGAAGCAGCCGGAACUGGGUCAUCUGAACAACCUGGACCCGGAUCGUAUGGAAUAAAUGGCCCCGGAGCCUAUGAAGGAGCCAGGCCGGAUAUCUCAGUGGGGGGCUCCCCGCCACAGUAUGGGAUGCCGGGUGCUGGCUAUGGUGUUGGCUCCGUCAGGCCGUUCGGGCACAUCCCGCCAGUCUAUAAGAACCCCAGCAUCCCCUUCGUGCCAGGUCUCCAUGACGAAGUCAGAACCGCAGGGCACAUACGGGUCCCCUUUAGGGGCCCGGUGAGCUACGCCGGGAAUGCCCAGCUGGGGCAGGGGGUGGGUAGGUUCCCGCGCCCACAGUACAAGGAGCCCAGCAUCCCCUAUGUGCCGAGCCUUUCAGAGCUGCCCAACCAUGCUGGACAGGGGGUGUCGUCCAUGCCCGGGGUCUCCGUUGACAAUGCUGUUGGAGGGGGAGCGGGAACAGGAGAUGUGCCCAUGCCAGGCUCUUCCAAUCCCAUGCUGCCCAACAGCCCUUAG